ACUGGCGGGGCAGCUGAGUGGAAGGCCCAUCUGGGCAGGCCUCCCCGGCGGCUGCCUUCUCCCAGGACCUCACAGCAGGGCUGCGCGCUUCGCUUUCAGGUUCCUCCAAGAGCUUUCCUUCUUCUGUCUGCUUCUCUGUCCUGCCAGGUUUCCAUCUUCCUGUUCCCCUUCCUGGGCCGCUGGCCGUGAGGGGCUGUGCCCAGCGGGCCUGUGGAGAUGCUCAGUGCUCUGGAUCGCCGGGACCGGCCUCCUGAGGAGGGGCCAGCGGCAGGGCUCCAGGGCUUUGCCGUGGACAAGACCUUCCUCUCUUCCCUGAAGGGCAUCCUGCUGGAAACUGAGCUGUCCACACACUUGGUCCUGCAGGCCCUGACCUUCAUCAUCUUCAUCUGUUUCACCGCCUCCAUCUCCGCCUACAUGGCCGCGGCGCUGCUCGAGUUCUUUAUCACCCUCGCCUUCCUCUUCCUCUAUGCCACCCAGUACUACCAGCGUUUUGAUCGGCUGAACUGGCCCUGUCUGGACUUCCUCCGCUGUAUCAGCGCCAUCAUCAUCUUCCUAGUGGUCUCCUUUGCAGCUGUGACCUCCCGAGAUGGAGCUGCCAUUGCUGCUUUUGUUUUUGGCAUCAUCCUGGUUUCCGUCUUUGCCUACGAUGCCUUCAAGAUUUACCGAACUGACAUUGUGCCCAGGGCCACCCAGGGGGACCAACAGUGACCCCAAGGCUACAGCCAGACCAAGGGGACAGUGGAGCUCAGGCACAUCUCUCAUGGAUUCACUAAGCCUGCUGUCUUCCACCCCAGACCUGCAGAGAUGAAGGCUGGCCCAAGAAGCCACAGGGACUUGUUUGUGAGCCUGAUGCUCUCAGAUAUGGCUCCUGAUGAAGCUGGACUGAAGAGGGGUAUUCUGGAGAGGGGAGUGGGCAGGAGAAAGCUGGUCAUUCCCAAAUUAAAAGAUUCGAAUCCUAA